AUGUGUCGAAAACUCUCACGAUUUAGUAGCAAUGAUGCAAAGGUGUCCAAAGUAUCAACUUUAAAAUACUAUGAAUUAAGUAAUCACAACAGCUGGGAGGUCUUCAUGGAAAAACGUACGUACCUAAAACAUUUACUUGUGAUAUUGAUUAAAUACAUGUAUGUAUUUAAUCAAUGCUUGUGGCAGGCUAAGAUGGAAGCUUAUCAUCACUGUAAAGACUGUGAUUUUAAGACGGAACUGACAGUUGUGUUUGAACAACACAUUAAUCAACAUCACGAUCCUAAGAGAGAAUCUAGUGAGGAUAUAUCUAGUGAGGAUUCCAGCAAAGAAAACUACGGUUGCGCAAAAUACUACUUUGAGCCAAAUCUGUCGUUGAAAUCGUUUCAGAAUUCUUCAGUAUGCACGGAAACGAAAGAAAGUUCUCAAAGUGUGAGUUCUUUGGAAGAGAGUGCCACAUGCAGUUCCGACUUCAAGCAAACUGAGGAAGUACAUUGGUAUUAUUGCCACAAAUGUACCUACAAAUGUAAAGUCAAAAAAACUUUAACUCGUCACAUUGAUGUGCUACAUUCGCACAGGUGGUAUGCAUGCGACAAGUGUCCAUUUAAAACUAAAUGGAAAGGAAAUCUAACAGUCCACAUAAAUACAAUCCACUUAGAUGAAUAUGAAGGCAAAUGGUACAAGUGCCAAAAAUGUCAAUUCAAGACCAGAACAAAGGAUUAUGAUGAGUAA